GGUCUGACUCCUGGAGUCGAGCAAGUGGAACGCAACAAUGGCAACCAAUAUGGCGCCAAGGAAUUGUGCCGUGUCAGCGCUGCAAUUCAGAAACAGAACAAUUGCUGGUCUGAGAGCUGCCCGGGGAUUCUCCUCAACAUCCACAAGGUACAACGAGCCCGGCGAUGAAUCCCCCAGACCCCCCUCGAAUGCGACCUUCGACCAGACCGCCCGUCGCCAAAACACCAAGUCACUCCUCCGGGAGGUUUUCACGAAAUCAUCCUCUCCCGCCUCUGAUCGUCCAUUAUUUCGGUCGUUUAAACCCCAAUCACCAUCCGGGCCUGUAGAUGCCCGGAACCUGGGCGCAAAUUCGCCUCAUUCUGGCAGGGCCGAAGGGGCGGUGCGUCUUGCACCUCUCUCGUUCAGAAAUCUUCCCCGAGGAGGUCGACCACGGGGUGGCGGCCGCAAUCCAAACCAAAGUCUCUUGAUGGCGGCCAAUGCCAUGUCUCGCAGACAGCGUGGACGACCAGGCCUGAGGCCCAAAGUUGCUCGCCGCCGAAGAAACGCUUCAUGGCAAGCUGAGUCCGAAGACGUCGACGAGUCGGUAAAGUUAUACGAUAAAGAGAAGGAGGAAAAGGCUCGUCGGAAACCCGAGAGGUACGAUCCAGAUCCGUACAAUGUGGACAAACUGAAAUCUACCUGGCCGACGUUACCGAUGGGUGAGGGCGGUAGCAUCGUCGCCAACGCUGGAAGUGUGAUGGAGAAAUUAAAUUGGAUGGGCGAACGGUACGUUGGCUCAUUUGAGCCACCGCAAGAGCUUGCCAAACGGAUGUAUGAGGGAAAGAGAGUUCUAUUCAAGAGUGAGGAAGAGAAGGCAGAAGUCCUAGAACUUGUUCAAAAUAUGGUUACCGAGAAAGCAGAAAGGUUAACAGAGCGCAAGGGACAAGUAGUAGAACCAGAAGACGCCAGCUUCGAGGUUGCUAGCGAUUCAGAGCGAAAGGGUCUCGUUGUUACAUUGGUUCAAGGAAAAUACGAUAAACCGCUCGUGGAUCGCCAGUCCGUCGGUAACUCUCCUGUCGUCCAGAAUGUCUUAAGAAAUUUGACCAACAACGGGACGUACCAAUCUGCGCAGGCGGAGAAGUUCCUGGAGAAAUUUAUGAAAGGCUUGCCUGCUCGUUUGAGGAAUCCACAGCCAAAAAAUGCAUAGAAAGGAUUCUUUUGAGGUUGUAUGCAUGUAACAUUAGACUUUAAAUGUGUAUUGUCUUUCCAUCUUCUUUUCAUAUUGAUUAUGCUGGGAAAAUCUACGGCAUGGCUAGAAUGGAGUAACUUUUUUUUUUUU